AUCGCGCUCGGCGGGAAACUCACUCUGAGGGGAACAGUCGGUGCCGCCAUUUUAUAUCUCUCAUCCUGUGCUGCUCGCUCCGCCGCUCUCACGCCAUGGGCGUCCUCAGCCACCUCAUACUGGAGGACUUUAAGUCGUGGCGGGGGCGGCAAAUCAUAGGGGCCUUCAGACGCUUCAAUUGUGUGAUCGGCCCCAAUGGUUCAGGAAAAUCAAACUUGAUGGAUGCGUUUAGUUUUGUAAUGGGUGAGAAAACAACUAACUUAAGAGUUAAAAGUCUUCGAGAACUUAUUCAUGGAGCAAAUAUAGGGAGACCGGUCUCUUCCACUGCCAGUGUGCACUUGGUCUAUUGUGAGGAGGAUGGGGAGGAAACAACUUUUUCCAGGAUUAUUGUAGGAGGUUCUUCAGAAUAUCGACUCAAUAACAGUCUUGUAGGACGUUCAGCAUAUGUUGCUGAGCUUGAAAAGAUUGGAAUCAUUGUAAAAGCCAGAAAUUGCCUGGUAUUUCAGGGAGAAGUGGAGUCUAUUGCAAUGAAGAAACCUAAGGAAAGGACUCAUCUUUUUGAGCAAAUCAGCAACUCCGCAGAAUUAGCAGAAGAAUAUGCAGUAAAAAGAAAGCUGAUGUUAGAGGCGGAAGAAGACGCACAGCACAGUUACGCCAAGAAGAAAACUGCAGCAGCUGAGCGUAAAAAUGCCAGGCUAGAAAAGGAAGAAGCAGAUUACUAUAAGAGACUACAGGAGCAAGCAAAGGAAAGCAAGGUGCAGCUCCAACUUUUUCAACUUUAUUACAAUGAGAAAAAGAUGGAAUCUUUAUUGAGGGGUUUGAAGGAGAAACAACAAGACAAUCACAUCCAGAAGAAGCAGCUUUCAAAUGUUGAAUUGGAAUUAAAAGAUGCUAAAAAGAAUCAUGGGAGGCUGAACAGGGAAAUGCAACAAAUUGAAAAAGAAAUAAAGGCUCAAGACUUAUCACUGAAUCACUCAAGGCCCCAGUACAUUAAAGCAAAAGAAAAUACUGCACACCAAAUAAAGAAAGUGGAAAUGACUAAAUCUACCUUGAAAAACAGUGAAAAACGCUGCUACAAACUGGGCCAGGAGAUUGCUGAACUAGAAAAGGAUAUAAAUGAAGUACAGAAGGCCAGCAGAGAAUUCGAUAGAAAAGUUGAAGAGGAUCGUGCAAAAAGGCAGAUUAAUGUUGAGCUGGAACAAAGUCAGUUAGACCAGUACAGGUCACUGAAGGAUGAAUCCAGAAAGAAAAGUGCAGUUUUGGGGCAGCAACUGGAGAAACAUCGGUGGGAACAAAAGACUAACCAAGAAAAACUAGAAGCUGACAAGAGGAGGCGAGAAGAAGUAGAGGCAAAUAAAAAGUUUGUUGAGGAACAGAUAGAAGAGUACAACAAGAAGACAGGGAAAUUACAGGAUUACAUCAACACAUGCAUAAAAUCACUUGAAGAGUACCGGAACCAAGAAGAACAAUUCAUACAUGAAAUUGAAUCCGGGAAACAGAGGAUGUCUGAGGUUAAUGAGGAACUUAACAGCACUGUCAGCAACCUGCAAAAUGCCCGGAUUGAUUACAAUGAAGGCAGCCGUAAGAAGAUGAAAGCAGAGAUUCUAGAGAGCAUGAAAAGAAUGUAUCCUGAUUCUGUGUUUGGCAGAUUAUUUGAGCUUUGUAGCCCAAACCAUAAAAAAUAUCAACUUGCUGUUACCAAAGUCUUUGGCAAUAACAUGAAUGCCAUUGUUGUAUCAACUGAGAAGGUGGCAAGGGACUGCAUCCGGUUUCUCAAGGAGGAAAGGGCAGAGCGGGAGACUUUUCUGGCCUUAGACUACCUGGAGAUAAAACCAAUCAAUGAAAAACUAAGGCAAAUUAAAGGAUGCAAAAUGAUGAUUGAUGUCAUUCAGUGUUCAAGUGCUCACCUGAAGAAAGUCGUUCAUUUUGUGUGUGGGAAUGGACUGGUGUGUGAAACCGUACUGGAGGCAAGACACAUUGCAUUUGAUGGCCCCGAAAGGCUUAAAGUUGUUGCUUUAGAUGGAACUUUGUUCUUGAAAUCGGGUGUGAUAUCAGGUGGUUCAAGUGAUUUACGGUUCAAAGCUAAGCGCUGGGAUGAGAAGGAAAUAAAUGAAUUAAAAGAAAAGAGAGAUACGUUGAUGAACGAGCUGAAAGAACUAAUGAAGUUAAAUAGAAAGGAAAGUGAUUUAAAACAGCUACAAGCUCAAGCUCAGGGGACACAAACUCGUCUCAAAUACUCUCAGAGUGAGCUCGAAGUCGUUAAGAAGAAACAUCUUGGAAACCUCUUAGCGGAAAGAUCUAAGCUAGAAAGUGAGUUCUUGAAUUUUGAUUCUCAGCUUGCGAUGUUAAUGGAGGAACUUGAAGGACGAAGAGUGAACAUUGAAGAUAUUGAAGAACAAAUGAAUAAGGUAGAGGAUAAAGUGUUCAAGAGAUUUUGUGAGGAAAUUGGAGUAGCUAACAUUCGAGAUUAUGAGGAACAAUAUGUGAAGCAACACCAAGAAACUGACAAGAAAAGGCUCGAAUUUGAAAACCAUGAGACCCGUUUGGAAGUUCAACUUGGAUAUAGUCGCGGACAACUUAAGAAAGAGGCAGAAAAGAUGAAUAAGCUAAAAGAUGCUUUGGGAAGUGAAGAAGAAGCAGUCACCAAGCUUAAAAAGGAUGAAAGUCGGUUUCGCAACGUAGUGGAGAGAACUUUAUCUCAGCUACAAGAGUUCAAAAACCAACUGACUCUUAAAAAAUCGGAGGUUGCGGAUGCUCAGAGGUUUGUUGAAGAAAUACGAAGGAAACUUUUGAAUAUCAACAGGGAGGUAGGCAAGAAGCAGAAGGAAACAAUGACUGUUGAAAGUCUGUUAGAGCAGAGAAAAUUAGAGAGGCACAAUUUGCUUCUGGAUUGCAAAGUACAAGAUUUGCAAGUAACUCUGCUAGCUGGCUCCCUGGAUGACAUUACAGAAAUAGAGCUGGACACAGAAUCUGAAAGUACUCUAGCUUCUGCAGAUAUCUAUGAAAGAGAAAAGAACAUUUGCAUAGAUUAUAGUGAUCUUUCCGAUGAUUUAAAGGGCUUAGUGACGGAUAGUGAAAUCUCUGCUGAACUUGUGAAAAUGCGUCAAGAAUGUAUCGACCAUGAAAAUAGUUUACUAAAAACAGCUGCUCCAAACUUAAAAGCCAUAGAAAAACUGCAAAAUGUCAGUAACAAGUUUCACGAAACCACAAAUGCGUUUGAGGCCAGCAGAAGGAGAGCCACUCUGUGUAGGAAAGAAUUUGAGCAGGUGAAACAGAAGAGAUAUGAUCUGUUUAUCCAGUGCUUUGAGCAUGUUUCUGUAGCUAUUGAUGAGAUUUAUAAGAAGCUCUGCAGAAACGUCAGCGCUCAGGCCUUUCUUAGUCCUGAGAAUAUAGAGGAGCCUUAUCUCGAUGGAAUUGGAUAUAACUGUGUAGCUCCAGGAAAACGUUUUAUGCCCAUGGACAACUUGUCUGGUGGAGAGAAGUCUGUGGCUGCGCUGGCCCUGGUGUUUGCUAUUCACAGCUUUCGUCCUGCACCAUUCUUUAUUUUAGAUGAAGUAGAUGCGGCCCUGGAUAACAGUAACAUUGGCAAAGUGACCAGUUAUAUCAGAGAGCACACAAGAGAGCAGUUCCAAAUGGUGGUCAUUUCUCUAAAGGAGGAGUUUUAUUCCAAAGCAGACGCAUUGUUUGGAGUAUGCUCAGAGCAAGGUGAGUUAUCCAGCCAAGUGAUGACACUGGACCUUACGAUGUAUGACGACGAUGAGGAGGAAGACUCUGAAAGUCACAGAAAGAAAUAAGAUGAGAUGUUAUCAGUGUUGGACGUUCCUCUUUGUAUUGAAAAUUUGAACUGUAUCCUCAGUUUUGUAGGUUUAUUUUGUUAGUUUAAUAUGAAUUGUGAUUUUAGUAAAGAUGUGACUAUACUUCUGCCUUAUUAGGCCUAGUAGAUGGCAAAUCUAUUAAUUUAUAUAUAUAUAUAUAUAUAUAUAUAUAUAUAUAUAUAUUAUUAUUUUUUACACAUUUAUAUAUAUAUAUAUAUAUAUAUAAAAAACACAACAGUAUCUUUAUUUUGCGCCGAGUUCAAAGCAGCACACCGGGAGGGGUCCCUGUUGAAAGAACUCAAUAGCAUACAAAAUACAAACAGUUCCCCAAGUGCGCUAAAUAGGAAUGUAUCUACAAUAAUUCUUCCAGUGUUGUUUCCAUGAGUCAGAAUUGAAUACUGGAGAAGUUUUGUGUCUGGGAACCUGUAACGGACACCCCUCACCAGAAUGGUCACCCAAACAAAAGGCCCAAGGCCAAUUAGUAAAAAGUUGUUUUAAUAACACAUAUUUGCACAGGAUACAGUUUUCACAUAAAAUUCAUCAUGUAGUGUUUACAGAAAUGUAUUUAAAAUGAUAACAGUAAAGGAUAACCAGUAAGUUCGUUGUGUGGUCUUUAACUCUUGAUACUCCCUCACCUUUUCCAAGGUGCGAGCUCAAAUGGGAGUAUCUUCACAGACUAAACUGGAAACUCCUGACUGACAAACCCAACACGUUUCGUCUUAUCGACUUCAUCAGGGGUAACAAGUAUAUAAAACGGGCUUAUUUGCCAUUAAUGUUAUUGGCAAAUGGCAAAUAAGAUACAUUCCUAUUUAGCGCACUUGGGAAACUGUUUGUAUUUUAUAUAUAUAUAUAUAUAUAUAUAUAUAUAUAUAUAUAUAUUUGUAUAUAUGGUGCCAGCCUUAUAUUAAAUACAUAACUAUGCAAGAGCAAGGUUUCUCUACGGGUUCGGUAUGAAGUACCGAUGGCGGUGUCCCAACCACCAGUAUGCCGGCAGCGGGACGAGCGCUAGUAAGCCCCUUGCAGGCACAGUGGCUCGCUACAGGUUACUGUCUCCCUGUGGGUGUCGUGGACACCCAUAGAGGGAGAAUCACGGACUUCGCCAGUAUUCCGGCGUCGGCAUUGUGAUUGCCAGGAUCCCGUGUAGCGGUAUCUUAACAGCUUCCCUUCUCUACCUAUUGCCACAAAAUACAUUACUAAACAAAAUUAUUUCUUAUGCAAAAUCCUCUGUGGAAAUGAGAAGCAAUUAUAAAUAAAUAAUGUUUCCACAAUAGCUAUUUUAGACGUUCUGCUGGGAAACUCAGGUUCUGGUAGUAUGAGCUCAUUCCAACAGAAAACGUUGCAAACAACGCGCAUAGAGGGGAGUAUAAGUUCAGUCCCACGGCAGAAGUAGCCAUCAGCGUGCAUAGAGGGGAGUAGAAGAUCAGUCAGCGUGCAUAAAUGUCCUGGUCAUCCACUGUCAUCCACAUCAGUGCUGAUCUGUUGGUUGGUACGGGUACCAGACUGCAUGGGGACAUCCCGAUAGCUUCUCCCAGGAUCACCGGCAAGUGUUUUUGCAGCUUUGAGAUCUCCUGAGAACAGUGUAGGAAGAGAGUUCCUACGGAGUGGGUACUGUGCCCUUUCCCCAGGAAUCUCACAAUGGUUCCGUAAUUAACUGCAGCUUGUGCCACGCUUAUAAACGCUGCCAGGUUUACUGUGUAGCUGCACUCAUCAUAGAAUUCAGUUGCCCAGGGCGAAACUUAGCACACAAACGUUAGUUAUGUUUGUGUCCUGAUAGUGUGUGCCUACUGCUCGCACAUGAUGAGAGGUUUCUGCAUGAGAAACGAUUUUGACUUCUAUUAUUUUAUUUUUUUUGUAGAAUUUUCAUAAAAAUUUUACUUAUUUUGAUUUGCACAAUAUAGCGACUUGUCUGUGGCUAUAAAGUGUUGCUUAGAAUGCUUUCCUGUGCUUUGUACAGUUAUGUGUUUUGCAUUUGGUUUGGAGUUAUGAUAUUGUAUUCAGGAGUUGUAUUUGUUUAUAUCACUUGUACCAGAUCAGAAUUAUUUUCUUAGAUAUAUUACUUGUUGUCACCCAACGGCUGUAUUAGAGCUUCAAACAUAAACUGUAGAACCAGGUGAAAACCGCUUGUUUGGGUAUCUAUGUUGACACAGUGCUAUGUAUGGAAUCCACUUACCUCUAAUCAACGUCACUGAUCAUAGAACUCUAGGUUGCUCACAAAUUGUGCAAUUUGAUUGCUCAAUAUUGACCUAAUAACAUUGCGUGUGUUGCCCACCCCUAAUGUGUGGCAAAUGUGGUAACCUGGUGAUUGCAUUAAGACGUGAGGUACUAUUGGUGGACAAGGACUCCUGUGGGCACCCUUUUUAUAUAGUCGUUUGGCCGGACUUGCUAAAUAUAAAAAUGUUUCCUUUAUGUUAAAUGAUUGUGUCAAAUAAUCAGAUUGUACAGUACAAUCAGCUUUCGUUUGCUCAGGUCUGGUCUGUGAUAAAAUGUUUGCUUACAAUAAAAUGGUUUCUUGUACUCUGAUAA